AUGGCAAAGUCAAAAAUCGUUAUUACAUCGGCGAUCGCUGUAGGUUUUGUUGGUAUAACAUAUGUGGUUUUGAAAUAUAAGAUUAGAUCCCGAAAAGCCGAAGAUAUCCUUAAAAAUCUUGAUAUAAAUAUCGUAACAACAAAAGUUCAAUGUGAUGAAGUGGUAAAUGAACUACAGAGAAGGAGUACUUUACAUCAGGCUAUAGGUUUCGAUUGUGAGUGGGUGACUAUAAAUGGAAACAGACAACCCAUAGCGCUUCUACAACUAUCCACAUUUAAUGGAUUCUGUGGACUUUUUAGACUAAAUCUUAUAAAAGAAGUUCCUCUUUCACUGAAAGAACUUUUAGAGAAUAAAAAUAUUUACAAAGUAGGUGUAGCUCCCGUUGAUGAUGCGAAGUAUUUGAUUCAAGACUAUUCAAUUCAUGUGAAGUCUACUUUGGAUGUGAGGCAUAUUGUUGAACUGACCGGCCACACUACUGGCGGGUUGGCAACAUUGGCUAACACAUAUUUAGGUAUUGUGCUAGAUAAGAAUUGGAGGAUCCGUUGCAGUGACUGGGCAGCAGAAGAGUUGACGGAAAGGCAAAUACAUUACGCAGCGACCGAUGCUUAUGUAGCAAUAAGAAUAUUCGUUGACAUUAUAAAUACAUAUCAUAGAAACUUUUGGUUUUGUCUGUGGAGUGGAAACAGUGAGACACACUGGAGCAAAAUACAUGAUCUAUGUUCAAAAUAUGCCGAUGUUGGUUACAAAGUGAAAAACAUUAAAGGAUCUCAUAAAGAAAACAAGAAAAGUAAAGACAAGACUAUAACUAAGAAGUAUUCUCACAGCCCUCGCUCGAGGCCGUUGUAUCACAAUUGUUUCAUGGAAGCUCCUGACGGGGAAGUUCUCUGUACAUGUGAUACUAAAAAAGCUAAAUGGUAUUUGGACAAUAAACUAGCAACUCUAAUAAAGGACGAUCCCCUUACAAUUCGUCUUGCAUUCGAACCGGCCGGCCGGUCUGUGGGGGAAGUUGGUCGCUACUACACGCUCGUGAAGGAAAACAAAUGCGUUGUCUGUGGGGCCAAGGACUCUUAUAUACGGAAAAAUGUUGUACCCAGAGAAUAUAGGAAAUAUUUCCCAGAUGUAAUGAAGGAGCACUCGUGUCACGACGUAGUGUUGUUGUGUAGAUCGUGUCACCAGAAGAGCAACAUGUUGGACCGAGGAGUGAGGACCAGCCUCGCGAUACAAUGUGACGCGCCCAUCGCUGAACUGGGAGUUCGGUAUAUUGAAGACUCAGCAGCUAAGAAGCUCCGUUCAGCGGCGCGUGCUUUACUCUAUGAGAGUAAAAAGAAUAAGCUGCCGGAACAACGUGUGAAGGAACUCGAGAAAAUAGUGUUGGAACAUUACCCCGAGGAAGAUAAAGUUACAGAUGAUAUAUUGCAAGAAGCUGCGAAUAUUGACUACAGACACGAGAAAACGGAUUACGAAUCUCACGGUUCGAAAGUUGUUAAUUACUACAUAGAAAAUGAGAGUUUACUGCGGCUCGAAGAAAUCUGGAGAGAACACUUCUUGAAGUCCAUGUCUCCGAUGUACAUGCCUGAGCUGUGGUCUGUCAAGCAUAAUGAGGAGAGGUUGCGAGUACGUUUCAACGAAGGACAUACAAAACAACCAGAGGAUUGUGAUGAUUUGCAAGAAGAGGUUCGGCAGUUAGAGGAGAAAUUAAAAGAAAAACAUAAUGAAUUAUUUCAAAUACAACGAAAUACAUACAGAAAGAAAAGUUGUCUGCCCAAAAAGCGAGACGAACCAUUCGUUAGGCCUCAGAAAAUAGUAGUCAGUAACUCUGUAGAAACUCUGAAACGUAAUUUGGAAUUGAUGUCCAUGUUGACUGGUAUGGAAGUACAGUCAUAUGUAUUGGACGAUCAUUGCUGUAUAGUGUAUCACAUGCAACACCCUUCAGAAACAUAUGUGAAGCACGGUCUUAGAAUUGAUAUGACAUCAGAUGGUAAUGUGGUCACUAAAUCAUCAUUGCCAGUCGGAUUCAGUAUAAAGGCUGUGAUGGAGGAUUUUGAUAAUGUAAUGAUGCCGGAAUGUCUUUGCGCUGUUCGGAAAGCUUUAGUUGCUUACUAUGACAGAUUGGGACAAUUUGAAUCAUUAAAGAAACUUUUGAGUAUUGAAGCAGAGUUGUUCAAAAUAUUGGAUGGUUCUCAUGUAGAAAUUUCAUUUAAUGCUAAAAGUCAUGUGGAUGAAGAAGAUGAACAGAUCAAUAUCACUCUUAUUCUGAAUUAUAGGGUGUAUGAUAUAAGACCCAAGACUUAUUGCUUCAAAGAAAUUGAUUUACCAGAGGGAGUAGCAGAUAUACUUAGACAACAAUGUUCAGUGUUUAAAAGGAAGCCAUUACAUAAAGCUUUCAAAGAGGCCUUCAUUGAUGGCAUCGGAACAUACAAGCUUGUUCGACAGCUUGGUCCGAGGAAAUCUGAGGAGCAACUCAAGAGUAAGCCAAAGAGGUUCCGACCGAAUAAACAUAAUUAUAACAAUGAUGACACCUUUCAGCCCGAGGAUUGUAGUGAUCAAGGAGAAGAUGUUGCUGAAGAAUGA